UAAGCUUGUGAAGCCAUGGGCGUAAAGGUCCAGAGACCUCGUUGCUUUUUUGACAUAGCCAUCAACAAUGUACCUGCUGGAAGAGUGGUCUUUGAAUUGUUUUCAGAUGUGUGCCCAAAGACAUGUGAGAAUUUUCGCUGCCUUUGCACAGGUGAAAAGGGUACAGGAAAAUCCACCCAAAAGCCAUUGCAUUACAAAAGUUGUCUGUUUCACAGGGUAGUGAAAGAUUUCAUGAUCCAAGGAGGCGACUUCAGUGAAGGAAAUGGCAGGGGAGGAGAAUCCAUUUAUGGUGGCUUUUUUGAAGAUGAAAGCUUUGCUGUUAAGCACAACAAAGAAUUUCUUCUUUCAAUGGCCAACCGAGGGAAAGAUACAAAUGGUUCACAGUUCUUUAUAACAACUAAACCUACACCUCACUUAGAUGGACAUCAUGUUGUUUUUGGACAAGUCAUCUCAGGUCAAGAGGUUGUGAGAGAGAUAGAAAACCAGAAAACAGAUGCAUCUAGUAAACCAUAUGCUGAAGUUCGCAUAUUGAGUUGCGGAGAGUUAAUUCCAAAAUCCAAAGCCAAGAAAGAAGAAAGAAAAAGACAUAAAUCGUCAUCUUCAUCCAGUGAUUCAGAAAGUUCAAGUGAUUCAGACUCUUCUUCUGAUUCAUCAUCGGAUUCUGAGAGUGCUUCUGAAGAGAAAUCCAAGAAAAGAAAAAAGAAACACAAGAAAAAUUCCAGAAAGCAUAAGAAAGAAAAGAAAAAGAGAAAGAAAAGCAAGAAAAGCUCAUCCAGUGAAAGUGAAGAUGAAAACCCUGAAGCACAACCAUUAUCUACUGUCCGUCCUGAAGAAAUUCCUCCUGUACCUGAAAACAGGUUCCUGAUGCGGAAAAGUCCUCCUAAAGUAGAUGAGAAAGAAAAAGAAAGGAAAAGCAGGGAGAAGGAAAGAGAAAGUAAUCUAUCAAAUUCCCAGUCAACAUACCAGAGAAGGCUGUUAGUGACCAGAUCUGGAAGGAAAAUAAAAGGAAGAGGACCAAGGCGUUACCGGACACCUUCCAGAUCCAGGUCAAGAGAUCGAUUCAGGCGCAGUGAAACUCCUCCACAUUGGAGGCAAGAAAUGCAAAGAGCUCAAAGAAUUAGAGUAUCCAGUGGAGAAAGAUGGAUUAAAGGGGACAAGAGUGAAAUAAAUGAAAACAAGAAAGAUAAUCAAAAAAGCCCAGGAAGAGGAAAGGAGAGAAAAAUAUCAGACCACAGACAAGUUUCCGAAAGUCCAAGCAGAAGAGGAGAAAAGGAAAAGAAAAAAGAUCAUAAAUCAAGCAGCAAAGACCGGGAGACAAGACGGAAUUCAGAAAAAGAUGACAAGCAUAACAAAAGCAAGGCCAAGAAAAGAGCUAAGUCCAGAAGCCAUAGCAAAAGCCGGGAGAAAUCAAAAAGUAAAGAAAGAGACUCCAGGCACAGCAGACAUGAUGAAAAGAGAGCAAGAUCAAGAAGCAAAGAGAGGGACCAUGAGAAGGGCAGAGAAAAAGAAAAACGUUAUGAUUCUAGAGGAAGAGAUAAAGAAAGAAGCAGGAGCAAGGAAAGAAGUAGAAGGGCAGGUUCAAGAAAUAAUGAAAAAGAUCAUAGUAAGAGCAGAGACAGGGAUAAACACAGGUCAAGAAGCAAAGAUCGUGAACACGGUAGAGGAAAACAUAGUUCCAGCAGUAGAACAAGGGAGAGAAGCAAAAGCAGGGACAGGGAUAGGAGAAGAAGAUCUAGAAGUAGAGACAGAGAUCGCAGUAGAAGUAAAGAAUAUUCAAGGAAUAGAGAUAGAGAUAGAGACAGAGACAGAGAUAGAGAUAGAGAAAGAAGAAGAGGAAGAUCAAGAAGCAGAGAAAGGAGAGGCACACCAGAGAGAUACAGAGGAAGAGAAAGCCGGAGGAGGAGAGAAUCGAGGAGUUCAGAGAGAGAGGAUAGUCAAAGCAGAAACAGGGAUAGAUAUUCCAACAGAGAAAGCAGAAGCUCAUAUAGGAGGAAUGAUAGUGAAAGCCAAAGGAGGAGGCGUUCAAGAAGCCGUGACAGUAGCAGUCCCGAAUCCAGCAGAGAUAAGAAGUCUAGCAGAGAUCAGGAUAGAAGUCCAGAUUCAAAAAAGAGACCAAAUAGUAAAGAGAGAGAAUCAAAAAAAUCAUAUUCACGCAGGAGCAAAGAAAAGGAGAAGUCACCAGAAAAAGAAACAAACCAAAAAUCAAAGAGUCAGGAAAGAGAUGAAGCCCAGAAUAAGGAUAAAAAGUCUGAUCAUGAAACAAGUCCUGGAACAGAUGACGACCGGCAUGGAUGAGUUUGUGGACUUAAUGUUUCCAUUGUCUCAAAGUUUUAGAGACAUUUUGGGAAACGCUUUUUUUAAGAUGUGGACUUCAGUUUGGUCUUUUGAUAAUCUAAAACCUGGAUCAUUUGUACUGCUAAAGUUUUAAUAAACUUGAAAUGAAAAACA